GUUCCUUUGUCGAACAAUGUGGGCUUGGUCUAUUGGGUUCCAGGAACGACCACCCUAGGCGAACUCGUGUCGCAACGAAGGGCUAGAAGAGGCGUUCCUGGAUCCGUGGAGUUUAGCCUUUAAGGCCAGCUUUUAAUUUUAUCGUAAGUAUCCAUUUCUCUACUUAGCGUCCUCUCUCUGAGUCUAGUGGUAUCCUUUUCAGUGUUCCCAUAGAUGAAGAAGGGGGACAAGGUACUAUCGAGAUGAGAGGACCAAGAUGAUAGAUGAGCUAAUAGAAAAGCACUUCUUGCCCUAGAACUCGAAAAGCACUGCUCUGAACCCUAGUCGAAAACCCUCUAAGCCCUAGUCGAAAAGCAUUUCCCCCAACUGGCCGGUGACCAAGCGCCUGUUGCGGAAAGGGCAGCGCUUUUCCGCCAACUGAUGGCGCAUACGCGAGAUAAAUACAACAGUGGCAGUGAAAUACGAGAUGGACUUUUCUAUCUUAGUGCGAGUGGGAGAGGAUCAUUGCUUGCUGGUGCUGGCAGAGAUGUUGAAGAGCAUGAUGUAAAAAUGGGAAGACCAAGAGCAAGGUCGUCAUCCUUGAAGAUCUUGUCGCCAAUAAAGCUGUCGCCAUCUUCGUCGUCGACACCGCCAUUCACAUUGUCCGCCUCACCGCCAUCAACGACGUUCUUAGAAAAGAGGCGGAAUUUUUGUGACAGUCUCGCGGGCAUGUCUAUCGUUGGUUAUUUGCUCGGCCUGGGGGAUCGGCAUCCGAAUAACUUGUUGCUGCAUGAGGACAGUGGAAAAGUAAUUUAUGCGCAGAGUAGUUUUUUAGCUACAGAUCAGAUUAGGCUUUGGGCUGUCUUCAUAUCGAAUUAUUGGCUCUGAAACCUCUGAAAGCUGAGAUUUAGUUCUUGAAAAGUACUGGAGGUAGGAAGAUCAAGAUGCGAGAAAGUGAAAUAAUAUUUAAUAUUUACUAGACCGUGACGAGGAAGUGUGAAUUUUUUUUUUUUGACCGUUAUUUUUUUUUUAAUGACGAGGAAGUGUGAAUAAUAUUGACUAGACCGUCAAUCUUCCAUGAUCUUCUCAUUACGACACGACGACGGACCCUAGUUUACAGGCAGGUCCUUCACCUUCGUUCUUUGGAAGAACUACGCAGCCCCUAAAAGAUCAUGAUGUUCUGAUUCGAUGUAUAAGAUCAAGACUGUGGUCGCUUUCAAUAAUUGUUUCACAUGAAUACAACUGGUCGAGUAGCUCUCCUCAGGAGGUACUACUGCACUGGUUGGCCUCACAAGUAGACAAUGAUAGCUACAGAAGAGGCACCAUGACAUGACGUGAUAUCCUCCAUACCUCUAAGUAAUCCACGUGGAUUUUGGAGACUGUUUCGAAGUGACCAGACUGCGCUCUCGGUUUCAAGAAGGCAUGCCUUUCCGUCUUACGCGUAUGCUAGAAGAGGCCUGUGGUAGUGCGGCUGUGAAUGUUUGCUCCUAUGUGAAGGAUAUAAUGACGGGAUCGGGAGUAGUUGUUCCUGCUUCUGCAUCCUCCAGUCGUGCAGAACAAAGUUCAGCAGCAUCACUCUUUGGUACUCGCAAUAGCGCUUUUCGUCAGGCGUGUAUUCGCGUUUUGCGUUGUUUACGAGAGAAUGCUGAUGUUUUUCUUGCUAUGCUCGAAGUCUUCGUACAGGAUCCGUUGGUCGCGUGGAGACUACUACAUCCUGAACCGGAGGUCUCAGUUAAGGCUACAAUAAAUGCAUCUUCACAGACAUCCUGAGACCGUUUUUCAAGGGGAAAGCAGGCCCAAGAUGCUGCUGAAGAUGGAUUCCUCCUAGUUCUAACUCAGAGAAGAUGCCAGGACAUCAAGAGGGCGAUCGACAAGACUCACCGGAGGCCUCUCAGCAUCUCAAAGGAGAGCAAGAGAACGAUGCUUUUUUCAACUUGCCUCCCCUUCAGGUGUCUGACAACGAUGUUGAAGAUGUCGAGGAUGUAGUUGAUAUCCCAUUGCUUACAAACGGAGGAGACGGUGACGGGGGAGAAGAUCAUGAUGAGUUCUCUUCUACGAGGAAAACUACUAUAUCGACGAUGAAGCAGACUACAAAGAGCAGCAGCAACUACAUCGUACAACAACACGAUCCAGCUUGUUAUACUGUGGACCCGUUCUGUGAGAUUCCUGUUUUGCUACAAGAAGGUUUUGCUGAAUCUACGACUACUGCGACUGCGGAAGUCACGACAGCAGAAACCAGAGUAGAUUUGGAGCUGGCUUUGGAAACGAAAGCGAAAGCCGUUCUCACACGUGUAAAGAAAAAGCUGGAGGGGAAAGACGAAAUUCUAUUCCCCUAUAGACAAUCCGUAUCCACCAGCGCUGGCUCAGCUCAAAAGGAACUAUCCUCCUCUUAAGGCCCACUGUAUCUCGUUUUUACAGGACACUUUUGUCUGUCUUCUUCUUGGAAUGUUCAGAAACGAAGUAGAUGAACCCCCAAGCAGUAGCAAUUGAAUUGCUUGAGCUCGUCUAAUCUCCCUCGACGUCUUCCAUGUCCGUAGAGGAGCAAGUCGAUUGCCUCAUUCGGAGUGCACGAGCGGAGGAAAACCUUGUUUCGUGCUACAUAGGUUGGUGUCCUUUUUGGUAAGGCUUCGCAACAUGGGACCAACAUCAAGACCUAGCAUUCUUGGUAACCUCUCUCCGCGUGCGGUCCGUAGAAUGACAACCUGGUGCUUUCCUAUUGGGCUCAUCGGCUACGGCAUCAUACUAGGGAAAAAAUGAUAUACGCGUAGUGCUGCACAAGACGAUGGGCGGCCAUACUGGUUGGCAGUGCGGCUCUGAGGCGAGGACCACUUUGAGGACAAGGAGUACGACGAGAUGCAAGAGGUCACCCUCCGAUAUAGAAAUUCUAAAAAAUCUAAAGAAUCUAAAUAAUCUAAAGAAUCUAAAGAAUCUAAAUAUUCUAAAGAAUCUAGAAAUUCUAAAGAAUCUAAAGACAGGUCAGGACUGUUUAGAAUCUAAAUCGUCGAGAUUAUGCUUAGAAUCUAAAUCAUGCUGAUCAAUCUAAAUCUUACUGUCUGAAUUUCAUAAGACGAGUCUCAAAAAUAUCGCAAUUUCGUAAGGGUGUCACUCGCAAACAUCUCUAGUAUGCUUGACAAUCUAGUGAUGAUGAAAAACCAGUCCCUUACUAGGCUCUAAAACUUCUAAAGAUUCUCCGUUUCUCUUGUUCGUAAUCCGAUUCUAAAGAAUUUAGAUGCUUGACGAUGGCGAUCUAUGAAUUCUAAAUAAUCUAAA